AUGACUUCUCAUGCCAUGAUAGACCUUCUUUCUAUUGGACAGAAGAACAUUCCCAAUUACAACUGCAGAGGACAGAAGAAUCUGCUAGCUGUGGUGGAAGGAACUGGCUCAGAAAUCUCCAAUCAGAUUUCAACCAUGUUGGGCUCCUACAAAAUCCCACAGACAAAGGAAACGACAAAACAUUACACUUUCAACUCUUAUCUCUCUGAUAUCAAUAAAAUUGGGAAAGAAGCAUUUCACUGUUUAUAUUCAAAGCACAAGUUAUCUGUGAAAGGCUGGACACGAUGCAAAGAGGAGGAGGAAAUGGAGAUGCCAUCCAAGGAGCUGCUGGAUAAAAUCCUGUCUCAAGAUAACUACGGCAUUUACAAGGUUAUCCAAUCCCUGGCUCAUACCUUACAUGAUGCAUACACGUCCAGAUCCAAUCAGAUGAUGGUGGUGAAUAGAGAACGAAUUAGACCUCAAAGGCUACAUCCAUGGCAGACCCUGCCUCUUUCUAGGUGCAAUGAACACUGUCAUGCUGGAUAUGCCAAAGUGAUUCAGCAAGACAAGCCUUUGUGCUGCUAUAACUGUGUCUCAUGCAUGGAAGGGACCAUCUCCACGCAGGAAGGUUCUGUUCUGGGAAUCUUCAUUAAAUACUUAGAAACUGCCAUCGUCAAAGCCAACAAUCAGGAUCUCUCCUAUGUUCUCCUCAUCUCCCUCCUGCUUUCAUUUCUCUCCUCUUUUUUGUUCAUUGGUGAACCUCAGAAGGUAACUUGCCUUCUUCGACAAACUGCAUUCAGCAUCAUCUUCUCCAUUGCCGUCUCUUCAGUGUUGGCCAAAACUGUCACUGUGGUGGUGGCCUUCAUGGCCUCACAGCCUGGGAGCAGGAUGAGGAAAUGGCUGGGGAAGAGCUUGGCCAAUUCCAUUGUCAUCUCCUGUUCUGGUAUUCAAGUGGGCAUCUGCAUUCUCUGGCUGAGCAUCUCUCCCCCCUUCCCAGAGUCUGACAUGAACUCCCAACCUGGAGAGAUCAUACUGCAAUGUAACGAAGGGUCUAUCAUUAUGUUUUACGCUGCCCUUGGCUACAUGGGCUUUCUGGCCGUCGUCUGCUUCACUGUGGCUUUCCUAGGCAGGAAGCUGCCUGGGGCAUUCAAUGAAGCCAAGCUGAUCACCUUCAGCAUGUUGGUGUUCUGCAGUGUUUGGGUGUCCUUUGUGCCCACCUACCUGAGCACUAAGGGGAAAUACAUGGUUGCUGUGCAGGUCUUCUCUAUCUUGGCCUCCAGCUUGGGCUUACUGGGCUGCAUCUUUCUUCCCAAAUGCUACAUUAUUAUACUGAGGCCUCAUCUGAAUAGAAAAGAGCAUCUAGUGAAGAAACAUAAAAGUGGCAUCUGA